AGCACACGCUGCGCAAUAUUCAGCUUAUGACUCUCAACAUACAUAACUCCAGACCUUGUAGCAGUAUAUUAACUCAACUACAGCACCAAUAGCUACUAAAUUCGCACAAAGCGCCCAUUUACAAUACACAUCUGCUUCUGCACACAUAUUGCGACUUCGAUCGACAGCGUCGGUCUCCAACCCGCAGCCCGCCAGAAUUGUCGAAUUAUUCCCAUAUUCGAGCUGAUAAACAACCAGAGAAUUACAUAACCAUUCACUGGUUACGGUUUUUGAGGCUAAGACUGGCGUACCGGCCCUGAUCAUCUCUGAAACCCGCGAUGGGUUGCUGUUUCUCACGCGCCUCGGGUCCUAAUUCACCAUAUCCAGGUGGUCUGCCCAAUCCAUCAGCUAGGCAUAUUAAUCCUCCUCCGCUCACAUUACCCGAAAGUGUUAUUGGCCAGCGCUCAACAGCACAGCAUCGCUCCCAUAGAAGCCCACGCCCAGCUCUCACUGAGCAGCUAAACAAGCCACUCCGGCGGCAUAAAUGGACCGCAAAGGAUCGAUCUUGGACCAGAGAACAGCUUAAGAGCGAACGGAGAGAUUAUUUUGAUACAAGAGUCACAGGUAGACCGGAGAUAUGGCAGACAUUAAAGGCUGUGCUUGAAAUUCUCUGGUCUGAAGACAGUAUAAGUGGUGAUGGAUCAGACAAUCUACUCACUGCACAGACUAUGUUGUCAGCCGCAGAGAUUUCGUUGCCAACUGGAGAUCUCGCUGAUGGCGCCUACGAUUCCUUCGGCAACUACUACGCGCUUCCUGAAUGGGUAGUUGCUGAGCCGCAAAAUCUGGCUGACUCUAGUGAAGGUGUCAGAAACGAUGCGUCGUUUCAAGGUGAACCCGAUUCAACAGUUGCAUUUGCAAAGAGCGACAGUGGCGAACCUAGUGAUGCACAGGCCAAUGCUUUGACGACAGAGAACCAAGCACAAGUGCGAGCUCGGCUAAGUGAAACCGGCAAAGAUAUCGUUUUUUACAUCAGAAAAUCAGAUUCCGUUCAAAGUAUAGUCGAAAAGAUAGGAAAGCAAUGCCGAGUAAGUCGACCCAAUGCCAUGACAGACCUAGUCUACUAAUGGAGCAUGCCAGUUAUCGCCACAUAAACGAUUACGUAUAGCAUACAUGGGCAAAAUGCUCAAUGAGAGAUUGAGCCUUACGGAACAGGGGUGGACGGAAGGGCAUAUACUAAAUGCUCUUGUCUUUGAACAACAAUAGGUGCAUUUCGGCCAUCUAAUGAUACCCUCUAGCGACAAAGCGAUGCGAUUCUGCCGGCCCCUGAUGUUCUGGGAAGCACGUGCGUUAGAACAAUUUGUUUAUGAUUACUGUAAAAUAUACCACGUACCAAGUUUCGUGUUAGCGUGUUUGUCAAUGUCCUUUCAUCGUCAAAUUGUUGGCCAUUCAUCAAGAUGUACGUAGUAUGGUCAUAAACUGCAAUGAUUCUAUUCAGAGACGAUUUUUAGAGGUUUUGUGUAGCUACACGUACGCCCUAAGCGGGCGAUCCCAGCUUGCUAAGGCCCUUCAACGCACCCAAGCUCAAAGCGAGUCCUUGUGAUCUGCUUCUGAUGCGUACGAAUCCAGUAAUUGGGCCGUCUUCCCCAUCUUGUUCGAUGCUCAGAUUAGCCAAUGCAUCCUCGCCUGUUUUGAUUAGCAUUGAACCCUUAACUGAUAUACAACUUUAUAACUUACCAAAAACGCUGCGGGCGUAGAGAUUGGCGCUCAAAAACUGGCAGUCGCCCUUCAGACUUGCCUCAGGUGUAAGGCAGUUCAUGUUGGUACAUGCCAUGAGUUGAUCUAAAAAGGCCCGAAGAGACUUAGCCUUGGAGUUGAUAUUGACCUUGUUCUCCCACUCAAACUCGGUCCACAUGGUUCUAAAUUGAGUCUCUGUGCAGGUUGCAGGCUGAAUGUAAUCCAUGACAUCCACAUGCAGAUCGUUAAGAAUCACUACAUUUGUAUCGGUUGAGUGUGCUCCGUCAUAGAUGACAUUGCCAAAGAUCACGCCGGUAUCUGUAGAUGAAACUUUGAUUGUGCAUUGGACGUUGUGAAAGUCAUGAGGUCCGAGAUUUUGGGUUGUUGGUCGUUCAACAACCUUAAGAUCUCCAAGAGUCGCAAAUUCAACAGAAAGAUUCUGCAACGUCUCUGUUGUUUGAUUGACGAGUAGAACAUCCAAAACAAUGUCAAACUGAUGUACCUUGACAUAUGCUUCGGCGUAUACGGGGUCAGAAAAUCCAGUAAGCUGAACAACACGGCUCAGCUUCGAAGAUAGGUCAUCUGCCUCGGCUUCACCACCCGUAGCUUUCUCUAAAUCUUGGUUGAUCUCAUCCACGUCAGUAGUGUUUUUUUUGGAGAGCUGGCGUAUUUGGACAACGUCAUCAACUUGAACGGCAAAUUUAGCCUUUUCAGAAGCCUCUUUGGCAGCACGCUUCUUCUCAUCGGCUUGCACCAUUGCUCGGAAAGCUUUGCGGGUAUCGUCAAGCCACACAGAUUCUAGUUCACGCUUGCCAGAGAACUCAGCCAAAGAGCGAACGCAUGACAUGAUACGAUCGACGGAAUCCUCAUCAAUCGGGGCUUUGACAAACUGGGAUUGGCCAACUCGAAGAAUGGAUAUCAUAAUCAACAUUGCCUCGGCUUUGAGAGCAUUGGUCCUGGCGGUAUCCUUUGAACACUCUGCAUGUCUCAUAACAAGCUUGACCAGUGUGGAGGACAGCACGGUACCUAGGUAGUAGUCGCCGUCAAGAAUAAGCUGUCUCAGAGGAGGCUUCUGUGCUGCCUUUACAGCUUCCAAUCUUGCGGCGGCGGAUGAUUGACUGGUAAGCGCUGACUCAGUGGCGUAGGUGCCAUCCGCCAGAACCUUCCGUGAGCCAGUUGGGGCUGACUUGGAUUCUCCGUUUGUUGGUUCAUCCUUUUUGUCAUCGGUAUCCUGUUCCUCUAGGAGGCGUUGUUCUGAUGCCAGAAUGGGGAUUUCGCCCAGGCUUGCACGGAUCCUCUUCCAAGCAUCGCGGAUGUCCUUUGCCUCAAGCGAGUAUUCACCGAUAAUCCAUAGAAUACCUCGGUACACUUUGCCAGCCCGCACUUCCUCAAGAGUAGACACAAGGCGUUCGACAAUCGUAGGUCGCAGCUCAGGAAACUUCUCAACAACCUCCUUAACAAAGUUGAUAACAUCAACAGCAGAUGCAUUGUUAAAGUCCGAAAUGAAGUCCAUGAGCAGUUCGACGACGCUGGCGGCGACUUCUGAGAAUUUGAUCGCACAUUGAUGGAUGGAAUGAAUCAACAGUGAUCGGUAUUCAGCGUUUUUCUCGUAUUCCUGGUCGACAGUCUUGGAGAGUUCCUUUUUCAAUAGCAGAACAACUUCUUCGACAUUUUUGCUGGAUACCAUCUCCAGAGCAAUGCCGAGUGCCUUGCGACGAACAUCAAUAUCUGUGCUCGACAAAACACGCAGAAUUUCCAUGACAAGGUCGUCAAGAAUUCCUUCAUUCUUCUGUCUCAAUUGUUCAACUCUGUCCAACACAAUGAGCUUUACGUUGUUGUCCGCCUCCUUAAUGCUAAGUUCAAUGAACUUUGCUGCAGCAGCCUUCACGGCGACAGGAUUAUUUGUCAAAGCUGUGAGUGAUGACGCAGCUUCGUAAACGACUGUGGAGGCACCGGCUUCUAAAAGAUCAAAGAUGAGUCUCAAGUAGCGUGCCUAUGACGAAAUUAGUUGGUUUUCAAGCGGCCAACGUCGGUCCACCUACCUUGUUUUGAGAAUUUUGAAUGGCAUCUUUUCUGAUGAACUCUAACUCAACAAGUUGUAGCAGCUCUUCAGCAUUCGGGAUUCCAUCAAAAACUGAGCUUAAGUAUACAAGUGCUGAAUCGUGGUUGAUGCUUGCAAGAGCCGCGAAGGCAUUGCGUUUGCAGGUUGGAUCAGUCUCGCCAUCUAAGAAUGCAGUGAUAAGCUCGGCAGCGUCUGGGAUGAGCGAUGGGGAAUGGCUGUAAAGAGACGAAACUGCAAAUACCGCAUUCUUGCGAACAUAAGCGUGUCGGUGCUCCAAACAAGAUCUAGCAGAUGAUAGCAACGGUUCUAUCAACUCCGCUUCUCGAAGCUUGCAGAGAAAUCGCAAUGUGUUGCCACGGAUGUAUUCGUUGGGGUGCUGCAAGUCGUUUCGAAUUCCAUUGCUAGGAGAACAUUUAGUUUUCACACUUUAGCAUCAUUCUGCCAACAUACCACACAAGAAUCAUCUCCUGUUUGAGCUUGCCAUUUGCAUCUAAUUUGGGACAAAUUUCGUAGUAGAAGUAGAGAAGUUUCUUCAAAGGCUUGUACUUUGACGGCAUCACAAAUCGGAUAAUGUGCAUGAGCAGGGUCGGCAUCGGAUCACCAUUCAACAUAAUAGUCAAAAUGGACUUCAUCGUGUCUACUUUGCUCUCAUCCGUGCCUUUCUCGAGUUGCAGUCGCAGGUCCGCGACAGAGGGUACAUCAGCAGCAUUGUCUUGAUGAACCAAGCUAUAAGCAUUUUCCAAAAAUCCAGACAUUGUGCUUAGGUAUUUUCGCAGUUCCGCUGCGUCGGAUUGCAGAGUUGGGCGGUUACGUGGCGAGGGGCAAUCAGGGGUCGUUUGGCGGGGAGCUCGUUGCGCGACGUCGGUGUGUUGUCGUUUCCUAGUGCCAACAGCAGACGUAUUAGCUAUAUGUCGUUCGAUUGUAUAUCAAUGAGCUGUUAAUUGCUAACCCGUUCGGCAGAGACUGAGCAAAUGAGCUCUUAUAAUGUCCAAUUCACCAAACCAGAGGCGGAUGCAGAGCAGAG